UGCCAACGACAGAAAAAGUGAAAAAGUUGACGAGGUGGAUGACGCCAUAAGAAUGUCUUGUAGCUCAAUGUCAAUGGCAGCCAUGUAAAUCCUGAAGAUUAUGAGGUUAUUCCUUAAUCAAGCUUUACCAUAAAUGGCAGAAAGUUUCUUAGGGUAGAGCAGUAGGGGGCCUUUCUACACACACUAGGAUUCUUGUUUGGACUUUGAAGCUAAAAGAAAGAACACGAAGCCUGAGCAUCGUAACAUCGAAGAAUAAUUUUGUUUGAUAUUUCGUAUAUGCUGAAAUUUGGAAACGAUGAUAAAGCUGCAUAAUUUGAAGUAAGCAAGCUUUGCAAUUCAAGAAGAGAGAAAGAGAGCUGCCAGUUAAGUUUGAGAACAUUUGUGGCAGAAAAGUUUCCAGCAAUUGCUUUGGGCCACCAACUACCCAAUAAAAGAAUUGGCUAUUUUUCAAUGCAACCAUCUCAGAAACAAAGAAUUUCACAUGGGAUGCACAGGUUCUCUGACCAGCCAGUGCAAGAGUCAUUGUCCUAUUGCUUGCCCCCCAUCCAGAAUUUUGACCCCAACUCUUUCUCUGACGAUAGCAGCCAUGGAACCCACCCUUCGGCCCUGACUUUUGAGCAGUAUUGUACCCUCGAGUCAUCCUCGGGGACAAGUGGUUACUUUGUUCACAAUUCCCCAUCUACUGUCAGUGUCUCACCUAACGGAAGCCCAGUUUCACAACCAGAUUCUCAGUCAUUCCCAAUAGACCCACAUCAAUCCCCUGACAAUACAUGCAGCUCACCGGUCAGUGGAUCUUGCUUAACAGAUGAUGUUGAUGACCUGAGGCACAAGAUAAGGGAACUAGAAACUGCUAUGUUGGGAACUGAUUUAGAUAUUCUUGACGUAUACUCUAUCACAAACCUUGUUGGACCUAACAAAAACCAAAUUCCAUCAGAAGCAGAGAAGUGGAAACAAUUGAUGGAAAUGAUCUCCAGAGGGGACUUGAAAGAUGUGCUUUGUGCUUGUGCGAAAGCAAUAGCAGAUAAUGAUAUGUUCACAGCUGAAUGGUUGAUGUCGGAGUUACGUCAGAUGGUGUCAGUUUCUGGUGAGCCAGUCCAACGUUUAGGAGCUUACAUGCUGGAAGGGCUUGUUGCAAGGUUGGCCUCUUCAGGAAGUUCUAUCUAUAAAGCCCUUAGAUGCAAAGAGCCUGCCAGCGCUGAGCUUCUCUCAUACAUGCACUUACUCUAUGAAGUCUGCCCAUACUUCAAGUUUGGGUAUAUGUCUGCAAAUGGGGCUAUUGCUGAAGCCAUGAAAGAUGAAAGUCAAGUCCAUAUAAUUGAUUUUCAGAUUGCACAGGGCAGCCAGUGGGUGACCCUAAUCCAGGGUCUUGCUGCAAGGCCUGGAGGGCCUCCACGGAUUCGUAUCACUGGCAUAGAUGAUUCCACAUCAGCUUAUGCCCGGGGAGGGGGACUUGAUAUUGUUGGGAAGAGGUUAUCAAGGCUUGCCGAGUCAUUUAAGGUACCCUUCGAGUUCAACCCUGCUGAAAUUUCUGGCACUGAUGUUCAACUUGAAGACCUUGGAGUUCGACCUGGCGAAGCCAUUGCAGUGAAUUUUGCCUUCACAUUGCACCACGUGCCGGAUGAAAGCGUGGGCAGUCAGAAUCAUCGUGACAGGCUGUUGAGGUUGGUUAAGAGCUUGUCUCCGAAGGUGGUCACUCUUGUUGAGCAAGAAUCCAAUACCAACACUGCUCCAUUCUUCAAUCGUUUCCUUGAAACACUAGACUAUUAUAUGGCUAUUUUUGAAUCUAUUGAUGUGACUCUGCCAAGGGAGCACAGAGAGCGGAUCAACGUUGAGCAGCACUGCCUGGCUCGAGAUAUUGUUAACAUAAUAGCUUGUGAGGGGGUUGAAAGAGUGGAACGCCAUGAGCUUCUUGGAAAAUGGAAAUCCCGGUUUAUGAUGGCUGGGUUUACGCCUUAUCCAUUAAGCUCCCUAGUGAAUGCUACGAUCAAGACCCUGCUGGAGAAGUACUGUGAGAAGUAUACACUUGAAGAGAGAGAUGGAGCACUCUAUUUGGGCUGGUUAAACCGAGUUUUGGUUGCCUCCUGUGCAUGGAGGUGAAACCUUACACUGACUGAUGCCUGUUUCCAGGUCUUUUGGUAACAACCCGAGGUAGAAACUUAUUGUAGUAAUAAAUAAUAACUUGAAGUUUAAUAUCACUACAUCUUUCUUUUUGUAUCAUCUAGCAAUAAAUGAGUUUUUAUCCCA